AUGGAGAAGAAGAUAAAAAGAAAAGAUGAUAGCAAAAGUAUUAAACCAUCGAAUAUAGAAAAAAAUCAUAUGGAUAAUUAUAUAAAUUAUACUUUAAAAAAAGGAUACAAAGAAAAUAAGGAUGUAUAUAAAAAUGAUAUGAUAGAUCUACAAAUGACACAACUUAUUGAACAUUUAUAUGGAUUAAAAAUGAAACUACAAAAGGAAAAAAAAAAAGAAAAAUACAUUUCAAGGGAUAAUUUUCCGAAUGAGAAGAAAAAAUAUAUGUCCAUAAAAAAGAAAAGGAGUGAAACAGAUGAGAAAAAUAAUUAUAACAAGUUAAUUAUUCCAAAGAGUAACCAGAAUAUGAAGUAUGUGCCAGAGUUGCUUAGAGCAAUCGAUAUCUACAAAAAUAAACAUACUGAAGAACAAAAAAAUAGAAUGGAUACAGAAGAAAAAUAUGAACAAAUGGUCAGGAAUUUAAAAAAAAAACAUAUAAAUGAAAUAAAUGAAAUAAAAAAUAAUAUUCUUGAGGAUGUCAAUUUGUUAAUACAAAAAUAUAGAACCAUCUCAUUAAAAUUAUUAAAUAUAACAAAUAAAAAAGAACUCGAAAAAAAAAAAAUCACUGAAAUAUGUGUAAGUGCUUGUAAACAGUUUGAAGAUGAUGUAAAGGACAAAGCAAAAAUAUCUAUGGAAGAAUAUAAAAGUCAUAUCAUGUACUCAGUCAACAAAAUAAAGGAGGAGAAACAUAACUUAGAAAAAAAAAUGAGAUAUAUGCAAAAACAACAUGAAGAGGAAAAAAAAAUUUUAGAAGAUGAAAAAGAAACAAUCCUUUUAAAACAUAAAAUAAAAGAAGAGAAAACAUUAAAUGAAAAAAUUCAAAGUGAAAGAUUUCUUUUAAAAAGAAAUAUAAUUAAUGAUUUAUAUUCAAAGGUUGAUGUACAAAUAAAAAAUUAUGAAGAAAACAUCAUAAGAGUUUUUCUUGAUAUUCUUACUAAGCAUGAUAUUAAAAUGGAUGCUAAAGAAUUAUCUUCUUAUAUAAAAAAUGCAAUGUAUAAUUAUUACAAGGAUGAACAAAUAGAUAAAUCUAGACAAAACGGGGGAAAACGUGAGGAAGACCAAAUUAAUUAUGCCUUUACAUGUACAAAUAAUUAA